AUUUGAAUGAGGUUAGAGAAGAGGCAUGGAGUACAUUAGAUGGUAAGGAAUUGCAGAAGGCGGCGGACUGGUAAAGAAAAGAAUGUUCAAAGGUUGUAGUUCUGAGGGAAGGAGUUUGAAGGUCAGAAACACAGGAUCAUGUAUAUCGUGAGUAGACUAAAGGUUUGAGAUACAGAAGACUUAAGAUAUAGGAAUGAUGCUGAAGUAGAUCAUUUGGUAUACGUAAGAUCCAAGGAAAUGAAGCCAGGUAAAGAAGAAUCAUCAUUAACUCUCCAUAAAUGUGGAAUUGCCUCAAUGUACUCAAGACAACAAGAAAUGUUUUCCCCUUCGUCGUCUAUGGAGGGACUGACUUAUCAUCCUGGAGGGGACAGUAAAAAGGACAUAUUGAUUUUUGUAGCAUUACCUCCGAAAAUAAUCAGAUUAAAUAAAAGUCUUUUUGAAUCAAAGUAUCAAAACUUAAAAAGGUUUCAGAAACUUCAGAAGAGGAUUAUGGGGUUAGAGAUGUCUGAGAAAUAUAUUAGUCCAACUAACACUUCGGCAUCCAGUAGUGGUCUACUUUGGAUCAGAUGAGAUAUAAUUUGGUAUGUUGAGGUAUUUUACUAAAGAGAUCAAUACUAUAAUAGUUUGGGCAAAUCAUAUCAGAAUUUCACUAUGUUCAAACUUUUUUUUUUGUGCCUUUCUACCUAGUUUUAAAGUUUUGCACACUUCAACAGUUGGAAAGAUGAACUUUUUAUUGUAAAUUAG